GAAGCACCAGGUCUGGUCAACAGUCCAACCUUCCUUCUUCAUCACCUUCGCUGGUCAGCUGUUUCUAUCUAAUUAUCUGACUUCCUCAGAGCCAGCGAAUUAUAAACCCUAAUUCAUAUGAUUUCUCCAUCAUCAUCACAACUCUCAUCUUCGCUCUCCAGUCUUUCUAAAUAAAGAGCAACGCUGUUUUGUUUCAACCUCCGAAGAACUCCGUCUCACUCAAAAUGUUUGAGGCAGUGAUGGAAGACUACCAAAGAAAGCCAAUUGAGCUCAGAGCUAUCGAUUCCUUAGGGUUAGGAUUUGAUUUCGCGAGUGAUUUCAGAUUAAAAUUCGCUAAGAAAUGCCUUAAUGGUGAGAGACUGGUGGUUUUGGAUGAGAAAAAUAAGAGAGACAUUGUGAUUCCUGGCGGGGGAGGGGGUGUAAUCGAAGGCGUAUCAGAGGACAUCCGAGUAGAUAAAGGGGAUCGGAUUCGGUUCAAGUCUGACGUUCUCGAAUUCAGUCAGAUGUCAGAGUUAGUUAAUCAGAAAUCUUCAGUACAAGGAAAAAUUCCUUCGGGCUAUAUUAAUGCUCUAUUUGAUUUAACUGGAGCCUGGUUGAAUGAUGCUGCGGAUGCCAAAUAUCUGGCAUUUGAUGGUUAUUUUAUCUCACUCUGCUAUUUGCACCUGACAGCAUCUCCACUAGUACUCAAAGACGAAGUAAAGAAGGCUGUUCCUUCUCAUUGGGAUCCAGCAUUGUUAUCCAGGUUCAUCCAGACUUAUGGAACACACAUAAUUGUGGGGAUGGCCAUUGGUGGUCAAGAUUUACUUUGUGUUAAACAGAGACCAUCUUCAGCAAUUCCUCCUGCUGAACUUAAAGGAUAUUUGGAGGAUCUUGGAGAUUGUCUGUUUUCAGAUGGAAACAGUCGUUCUCUAUUAGAAAGAAAGACAAGAGAUGGCAAACCAAUGGUUCCCGAGGUUUUCAAUCGUAUGUUGCAGUCACACCCAAUGCAAUUUACCAGCAUCACAGAAACAUCAAGCAAGGAUGGUGUCACAAUUAUGUGGACAAAAAGAGGAGGGGAUGUGUUUUCACAGAGCCACUCCAAGUGGCUCCAGACAGUGGCUUCUAACCCUGAAGGAAUCCUCUUUAAGUUUGUUCCCAUUACUUCGCUCCUUACUGGGGUUCCAGGGAAUGGCUAUCUAAGUCAUGCAAUCAACUUGUAUUUACGAUAUAAACCUGCCCAGGAUGAUUUGCAAUGUUUCUUAGAGUUCCAAGUUCCUAGACAAUGGGCACCUUUCUUUUGUGAGCUGCCUCUUCGGCAUCAAAGAAGAAAGGCUUCCUGCCCUUCACUGCAGUUCAGUUUCAUGGGUCCAAAGAUUUAUGUCAAUUCCACCCUG